AUGUUCGAGGUCGCCGCGCAACGCAAGAGUUACGCGAAGAAAGAGUCUCUCGGAGAAUACACGGAUCCACACGAUCGUGUGGAGAGCGUCUUUCCUCCUCCUCCACCUCCAUUAGAGGACUCUCGAGGUGUCCAGCGCUAUCUAGUUGAGCAGCUGUUGAACCACCGCGACGUGAACGGACGUCGGACGAGUUACCUCGUCCGGUGGCGCGGUUAUCCCCCGUCCUGGGAUACUCGGGAGCCCCGUUCCCAACUGAUGACUGACAUACUGGGUCUGGUUGAGCAGUACGACACGGCACAUCCUGUGCUGCAGAAGGACCGCCGGAGAAAGUCUUCCCGGCACGGUCGUAGAGGGAUUUCAGGUUGUCAAUCCCUUCGUACAUCUCAGUAG